CCCAAUCACACCCACAUAAACUAUAAAACUAUGCCAACGCGUAAUCUUGGUUUGAAUUUUCUCAUAAACCCCACUUUUCUUUCUCCCCUUUACUACUCUAUUUAGUCCUUAUCUACCUUUCAAGUCCAAGCUUCAAGCAUUCAUUCACCCUCCCAACUAACAAAUAAGGAAACCAACCAGAAAAACCAAAGGAAUCAAAAGGAAGAAGACUCCAAUUUUCUCCAAUCUUGAAGUGCUGCAAGGGUUUUGAAUUGGUCAGCACUUCUUUCACUUUGGACCUUCCAAAUCCUCCAAAUCUCUCUCCUCUACCACUACCACUACCACAUACACACUCAGACAAGUUCUUCAAUAUCCCCUUCUGGGUUAUCAAAGACUAGUCCGAGAAUUGAAUAAAAUAACUCGGUUUCUCUCCACAGUCAAAUAUUCAAACUUCCAACAGUAACCCCAUGUGUAUAUGUAUAUAUAGCUCAUGGAUCCCUUCUCAUCUCCCAAACCCACCAAGCAGAAACAAAAAAAGAUUCAAACUUUCUGCUACCCAUUGCUGUUUUCUGGUUCUUACUUCUCACUCAAGUUACUUCCAUGGUAUUGGGCACUCUUCCUGAAUCGUAUUACCAACUCUGGUCAUCCCAAUUCUCUGACAACAGCAUUCUGCAAAAGCUUGAAGCUUUGCCUUCCGAUGAACCAAGUGGCUGAACUCUAGAUUAUGCUCGAAGGCUGCUGAAGCUGCUGCUUGUUUAUUUGUUUCUGUUGGAGAUUGACUGGUUCGUAAGAAAUUGGGUUGCCGGGGAAAAAAAAGAUCAAUGGAGGGAGGAGGGUGGAGCUGGGAGCAGAGAGCACUGGUGAAUGAGCUAAUCCAAGGGAUGGAAGUUGCAAGACAGCUGAGCUUUCAUCUCAAGGGGACACCUUCAGUUGAGAAUGCAGAGAGUUUAGUGCAGAGGAUCUUGUCUUCUUAUGAGAAGGCUCUGCUGAUUCUCAAUUGGAGUGGACCAGUUGGACAGCAACCUCCGCAAGCUGCUGCUGUUACUGCAACAGUAGCUGCUGCAGCUACUGGUUCUGGUUCUGGUUCGGGGGUUCCUGAAUCUCCAUUGUCUAUGAAUGGAAGUCCUAGGAGCGAGGAUUUUGAUGGAAUCAAGGAUAAUCAAGCCCCCAUUGAUGCCUGCAAGAAGAGAAAGACAAUGCCCAGAUGGACGGAUCAAGUUAGAGUGAACUCUGAGAAUGGAUUGGAAGGUCCAAUUGAUGAUGGCUAUAGUUGGAGGAAGUAUGGCCAGAAAGAUAUUCUAGGAGCCAAAUAUCCCAGAAGCUAUUAUAGGUGCACAUACAGGAACACACAAAACUGCUGGGCUAUAAAGCAAGUUCAGAGAUCAGAUGAAGAUCCUACCAUCUUUGAGGUCACAUAUAGGGGAACACACAGUUGUUCCUUUGGCCACCAGCAAACAGUUGUAACACCACCACCAGCAUCUCCAGAGAAACAAGAACAGAUCAAGCACAACUUCAGCAGCAGCAAUCAACAGCAGCCGCCGCCUGGGGAGGCUUUGCUUAACCUGCAGAAGGGUCUGAAAGUUGAUACUCAGGAUUUGGCCAAGAGAGAGACAGUGCCUUUCACUUUUCCAUCCACAUAUGAAUGUCAAAACAGCAACUUCUCCCAGUCGUUUCUCUCACCAGCAACACCAGAGCCAAACUACAAUCAUGUUUCUCCAUUUGUGAACAGCUUUGGAGGGACACAUACUUUUCAGCAUUCAGAUUCAGAUUUGGCUGAGAUACUCUCAGCUCAGACUUCAGCUACCAGUUCUCCAAUGCUGGACUUGGAUUUCCAUCUUGAGUCCUUCGAACUGGUUCCAAACUUCUCGUAUGCUCCGGGAUUUUUCUCUUGACUCUCUUACUAUGUUCAUUCAGGGACGAUAAAAAUGAACACAAAUUCAGUUGCAGAUUGAUCGUUAGAUUGUGACAUAAAGACAGGGAGAGAAAAAAGUGUGUGCAAAGCAGACUAGCCAUGACUCUUGAAGCUGAGUUUUGAUUUAGCAAUAACAGCAGUAAUUGGCUAGUGUUGAAUUACAAGUACUGUGUAAUAACAUGACUGAAGAAGCCUUUCAUAGCUUAGAUGUUACAAGCUCCACCAGCAGAUGGGAUUAGAACCAAGACAAGAAUCUUAGCCUUCACCUUCAAUCUGAGAGCAUAUGUAGUAAGAAGAAACCACUUUUAGAGGUGCCAAGAAGAGAGAUAUACAACAUACCCAAUGGCAGUAAAUUUCUUUAAUGCUUGAGCAGUAGAGUAGGUAGCAGAUGAACACAUACUCUUAAUUUCGAUCAUAUAUGGACAUUCUUGGUACCUCCAAACUAAGCAAUGCUAAUCUGGUGAUGUGCCAUUGCAAUAAUUGUAAUAAAGCGUGCACAAGAAGAGCAAAUACAUGCAUCAAGCUGCUAGUCAGAGGUCCUGUUUUCCUCUUUGAUCAAUGAACCAGGACUUCAAUCGCCCUUCUUAUCUGAUUCGCUCCCUUUCCUAAGGGCUUGCCUCAAGCCCAGGACGAUGAAUAUGUUUGUUAAGGUGAGAAGCGAUUCAGCUCCACCAUGCAACCAAUCCACAUUAGACAAGGAAGUUCCAUACUGCACUUUUGC